AUGUCAGAGCCGGCUACUCGUGCUAAGGCGUGGCCUCUUGCCGACCCCGAAUUGAACGACCAGAUCCUGGAUCUCGUUGAGCGGGCAUCCCAGUUUAAACAGCUCAAGAAGGGUGCAAACGAAGCUACCAAGACCCUCAACCGUGGUAUCUCUGAAGUCAUUAUCCUGACUGCUGAUACCGAGCCUCUUGAGAUUCUGCUCCAUCUCCCUCUGCUCUGCGAGGAGAAGAACGUUCCAUACGUCUUUGUCGCUUCGAAGGCCGCCCUGGGCCGUGCAUGCGGUGUCUCCAGGCCAGUCAUCGCUGCGAGUGUCACGACCAACGAGAACAGGGAGCUUUCCAGCCAGAUUCAGACUAUCAAGCUGGCUAUCGAGAAACUGAUGAUAUAG